GUUAAAGCAAAUCCAGCCUCCCUUUAUUUUCUACUGCAACAGCGGGUACUGUCAUUGCAUUAAACUUUUCUAAUAAAAGGGAAGUGGAGCCUUGCUUGAACAGCAGUUUCAUUUUUUCAAUCUCUGCCGCAAAAACACAUUCCAGGCAUGGACUCCUCCAUCGAAACGUUUGCUUCAGAAGAUCCCGAGGAGUUAGACAGUGGGACAACAGUGGCGUGUGUUAUACUGGGUCUUUCCUUCCUGGUCGGAGUUCCAGGGAACCUGCUAGUAAUCUGGACUAUCCUGAGGCACGUCAAGCAGCGUUUUCACACGGUGGUCCUCAUCCUGCACCUGGCAGUGGCAGACACAAUGGUCCUCAUCACUCUGCCUGCUUGGAUCUACUCCCUGGUGCACACUUUUGAGUUUGGACCGGUAGUUUGUAAUAUCUUAAUCUGUGUUAUCACUGUGUGCAUGUUUAGCAGCAUCUUCUUCAUCACUCUCAUGAGCGUGGAACGCUAUCUCGCCAUCUGCCAUCCAUUUCUGAUGAUGCGCUGGAAGACUGAAAAGACUAUGAAUGGAUGUAUUGCACUUUUGUGGCUUCUUGCACUUCUUCUUGGAUUGUCUGAUGUUUUAACACAUACCUUGGCUGGAAGCGAGCAAAACGAUCAGUGCUUCAUCAGAGACUUCAACAACGAUACUCGAGAAAUUAUCUUCUUAUGCCUGGAGACGUUGCUGGGCUUUGUGCUGCCUUGCAUCACGCUAAGCAUCUGUUACUGUCUUGUGGCUGCGCGCCUCAAGAAAAUGAGAUUUAAUUCAAAACAGAAAUCCAAAGUUCUCAUUCACACUGUAGUGCUUGUUUUCAUCCUGUGCUGGUUACCCUACCAUGUUAUUAAUAUUAUUGAUGUAGUUUGCAUUUUUGGGACAGAGUCAGCGAUUGAGUGCGUACCGGAAAGUUUUAUCUUCAGCUCUGGUGCGCUGGCUUUUUUCAGCAGCUCAGUGAAUCCUGUAUUAUACGUCUUCUUCGCCAGGAACUUCAGAAGCAGUCUUGGAGAGUCUGGUCUGAUCAAACUGUUUCAGGAACUGGCCUCAAACACAAAUAGACUCAAGGACCUCGCAUUACAGCAGAAGAAGGACCAGAGUUCAGCAGAGUCGGAGCUCACGUCUACAACUUUGAAAUAAAAAUGUUUUUGGGGGUGGUACUCCAGCUAUGGGAAAACUAAAUUGAGAAGUGAAUGUUUCCUGUUGUAGUGACACCAAAUAUAAAAAGUGUGACAAUAAUAUUGAGAUGCACUUCUCUAUACUACCACAUGGCUGUGCCCUCGAUUUAAUUGAGACUCAGUCAAAACAAUAGAACUUCUUAUAUGUUGUUAGAAAUGUUUAGAAGAACUUGUGGUUGUUGCUGAAGAAUAUAUUGUAAAAUUCUAAAUUUAUCACUAUUCUCUGUUACAUAUUUUGUGUUUUUACAGUAAAAAAAAAAAGAAAAAGAUUUGCUUACUUAUCACCAAAUUGCUUAUAUGUAGUUUAAAAGUAAAUAAAACUCAACAAGGACAACACCUUCUUUGCUGUUUUAUA